AUGCCCACAUUUUCGGCCAUUACACUAGAAAAGGUGGUAGAGAGCAAUGAAAAAACAAAGGCCAAACUGAAAAACGAAUUGUUAACUGACAGAUAUGGUGCCCCUCCUCGUUUUGGAUCCCCUAAAGUGAUCAGUCAUAAAAGAAGGGGGCUUCCUCCUGUGAUUGUAGAGAAAGUCAAAGUCAACGAUGCCCCCUGCCAGGAUGGAUUUCUGCCUGGUGACAGAGAUCAAGAAUGUGAUACUCAAAGGGGGGUUACUGAAACUAAGAUCACCAGUGAUGACAUAGGGAUGAACAAUGAAGAAAUUAGUGAAACCCAACAAAAAAAUAAGGAAAUUGGGGCUAAGGCCAUCUAUGGACAGACUGAAUGCUGUUGUUUGCCGGAAAAUGAAAUCUGUUUGAAGAGCAAUAGUGAUGAAGUAGGCGACAUCGACUAUACUCCAAGGACAAAUCGAAGUGAUUUCUUUGAUGCAGAGGAUGAUCUCCCUACUGAAGAUGAUCUGGGGCAAUCCUCAAGGAGCUACAACUCACGGACACAUGCUGAACUCGAUAUCCUAAAUUCAAAACUUUCUAUGGAGAUAGGACGGCGCGUAAGGGCAGAAGAAGCUUUAUCACUUUGGCAGAACCUUUGGCAGGAAAUGAAAGAGAGAUUUUCAUUGAGUGGGGUGUCAUUACCAUCAAUAGAAAUUGAUGGAAAUAGAUUGGCUAGCUUUGUUAAUGAUGUCUGUGGUCAGUUCACCAUUGCAAGGACAGUGGCAAAUUCUGUUGGAAGGGCAUCGAUAAGAGCAGAAACAGAACAUGAGAUGAAGAUCCAGAUUGAUAAUAAAAAUUCUGAGAUUUCAAGGUUACGUCAUGAACUCCAGUACUAUGAGUUGGUCAAUCGCGAAAUGUCUCAACGGAAUCAAGAAGCCAUAGAACUUGCAAGGAGACGCCGACGAAGACUGAAGAAAAAACAACAGUGGCUCUGGAGUUCGUUUGGCAUAUCAAUUGCAAUUGGUGCAACAGCUGUGUCAUUACGGCAUAAACUUAAUAUUUAUACACUAUAA